GGCUGACCGGAGUCACUUACCGGUCUAGCGCACGAGGGGCGUCUAAGCAAUGACAGCACGACUGCGACAUCUCUGGAACAAAGCGGCGGCAAGAUUUAUAUACAGCGAUGUGCACUUGUCUUGCGCUCAGUUGCAUACCUUUUGGUUGUGGUGCUUUAUUUAUAAAUGGUUUUAACUGACCACGAAACAGCGACUGAAGCCAGUGAGAGGGACACAGUGUCUGAUAGACGUGGAACUGCUAACCCACCCUCAAAUUGAGCUAUAGCUAACUGUAGCAACGGUGACAAAGGCGAGCUGUGGAGGAUGUCUCAGAAGAAGGCCUUCCUGGUUCUGCUGGCAGUGAGCAGCGUGAGCCUCCUCCUGCACCAUGGAGGCCACUUCUUCUGGACUAUGAAGGGCUUCCACCUGGACUGCCCCUUGCUGCUCUCGCACCCGUCCCCCACGCUGAAGCCCAAGCACACCAGCAUCGCCUUCCUCAAGACGCACAAGACGGCCAGCAGCACCGUGCAGAACCUGCUCUUCCGCUUCGCCGAGCGCCACAACCUGACCGUGGCCCUGCCCUACCAGACCUGCGACCACCAGUUCUGCUACCCGCGCCCCUUCAGCGCCCGCUUCGUGCACCCGCACACCGUGCCCCCCCGCAUCAUCACCAGCCACAUGCGCCUCAACGUCUCCGAGCUCCGCCGCCUGAUGCCCAACGACACCGUCUACGUCACCAUCCUGCGCGAGCCCGCCUCCAUGUUCGAGUCCCUCUUCAGCUACUACAACCAGCACUGCCAGAGCUUCGGCCGCGUCCCCAACGGCUCCCUGGAGGCCUUCCUGGCCGACCCUGGCCGCUACUACCGCCCGGAGGAGAAGGACUCCAUGUACGCCCACAACACCCUGACCUUCGACCUGGGCGGGGACAAGGACCGGCCGGCCUCGGACGUGGACUACGCCAGCGGCUUCAUCGCGGGGAUGGAGCGCGUGUUCUCGCUGGUGAUGAUCGCCGAGUACUUCGACGAGUCGCUGGUGCUGCUGCGCCACCUGCUGUCCUGGGACCUGGAGGACGUGCUGUACGUGAAGCUCAACAUGCGCGCGUCGGGCUCCAAGCAGAACCUGAGCGCGGGGCUGCCGGCGCGCGUGCGCGGCUGGAACGCGCUGGACGCGCGGCUCUACGACCACUUCAACGCCUCGCUGUGGCGGCGGCUGGACGCGCUGGGGCCCGGCUGCGUGGCCAGGGAGGUGGGCCUGCUGCGGGCCGCGCGGGACAGGGCGGUGCGCGGCUGUUUCGGGGGCCGGUUCCCCCAGCGCCGCCCCGCCGCCCAGAUAAAAAACAAAGAGCUGCGGCCCUGGCAGCCCAGCUCCAAGGUGGACAUCGUGGGGUACGACCUGCCGCCCAACGCCUCACGCCCCGCGCCGGGGGCCAGCGGGACGUCCCAGGACCUCUGCCUGAAGCUCAUCAUGCCGGAGGUGCAGUACAGCAGUUUCCUGCUCCGAUCCCAGUCCCUGCGCUACCGCAAGAACUACGCCCUGCGCUUCCCCCCGCCCGUCCGCUCCACCAAACCGCGGCGCCCCUCACCUCCGCCGCCCACCCGAAACAGCUCCACCGUCCCCCGCUCACCCACUGCUCCCGCUCCUGCCGUCACUCUGAAGCCAGCCACCAGCAACAAGCCCCGCCCUUCACCCAAGCCCCCGUCUUAGGCCUGGCUCCGCCCCCCGCUCAGCCUUGUGGGAAGCUUGUCGCCCCUGAACACUAUGACAGGCCAUUCACACUAUGACAGGCCACUGUGUCCCAUUCUCUUGUUGGCUGGUCACUCCAAAAACUCUAGUGGCAUAGUGCUGUGUUACUGUCCCAGAACACUGAGCUUUGCUCACCACCGGUGACAUAUCCCAGCAUUCCCUGUACUGCUCUCCCCUCUUAGUGUAUGUGACAAAGGCCACUCAGGGAGCUACUAACCCAGUGAAAUAUGUACUUGUCUUAGCCACUGUCAAAUUCAGAGGCAGAAUGUAGUGUGUAGUACUACAGUACUGCAUCUGUAUCAACAAGCAGCCUCACUAGAUCCACUGCAUUACCAAGGUAACAUUACAGGACUCCUGUGAUGAGGCAGAGGUCAUCGACAGCAGGUGGCAGCUAAUGGAACUCUGGGGCUAGCUGUGGAGCUAGCUGUGCGGCCCGUGUUCCAAAGUAAUCCGUAACUGCACUUCAUCUAGGGGCGGGAGACAGAGGCUUGAUGAAUCUUCGGAAUGGGUGGAGCUAACAUCUGUUAUCAGUGUUUCCGACCAAUCAUGGUGUUUUGCUGUGAGACCUUUCAUUUCGGUGGUUCACGGAGCUUGGUGGCCUCAUGUUGUCUUUGGCAUUCAGGAAGCCUCAACCACCCCCGCAUCUCACGUCGCCAUAAAACAGCUGACAUUAUUGCUGGAGUGAAAAUACAUAUACAAAUAAUCGAUUAAAGAGUAUGAUUUACAUUUGAAGAAGGAUCUCCACAUAUUCUCAUGAGGCCACCAAUUGCUAAUCUGUGUAUGGUCCAGCGCUGCCAUGACCCAGCAGCUGUCUGAGCAGAAUCAAUGAGAAAUGAAAAUCGAUUGUAAGACAUGGCUGUCUACCAAAAAAAGCAGCUGAUAAUUAACUGUAUUCUUUUUAACACAUUCCAUUUCUUUAUUUUUCUGAAUCUUGAAAAAUGCUGAGGGUCACAAAAAAAGAAUGCCAUGAAAGAAUUUAUUGUCAUCUGUUGUCUGAUGUUCAGGAGAUGUAUUUAGGAUGUGCCCUGAAGUGUACGUUGUACUUACCCACCACACAUGGUUGAAAUGAUCGAGGUAAUACUGUCUGCGUAUUUAUUUUAGUUUUUAUUACGAAAAAAUAAGGAAAUCCGCAAUAACAUCACUGUCCCGAUACUGGGAAAACUUUGUGUGUGAAAAGGUACCUUCCAAUGCACUAAUGGUGCGGCAAGAGGCUUUAACCAUUUAAGUGUGAGAUCACAAAUAUGCGAUUAGAAUGUUCUUAACUGAACAUUCUAAUGCUGAUGUAACAAUUACAGCUGAAUGCAGUGUUCUUGGAAAAAAAUUCCAAAAAACCUACUCUUCAAAGGGUUGAUAUGACUCACAGAUCUCUUGUCCACAUGUCAGUUCCGUUCUGCUCCCAGUAACCCCCCAGCCCUUUUCAUUAUGUUUGGUCUGUGUCUCUGAGAAGCCUUCAGUAUGGUCACCUCAUUAAUGCCUGUUGUACCAGGAAUGAUGACUAGCAUCCUCACCAGAGAGUGUUUUAUUUUACUUUACUGUACUCAGCAUGCCAAUCAACACGCGUUUCCAGUUGGAACAGACAGCACACAGCAGAAAGCGGGACAUGGUUUAUCACAGGCGAUGUGUUCUUUAAUUAAAAUAAUAAUAAUUACAUGGUGCUGCUCUGUGAGUGAUCCUCCCUGUUUAUCAUUACCAUUGUAGCUCAUUUUUAAUAUCAUUACUGCAGUGUGGACACUACAUUUUAAUUGGAACAUUUUUUAUCAUAUUUUAUGGGCGUUGUUGUAGCUUAUAAAUAUAGUUAUUGAUCUAGCUCUCAAAAUAGCUAUUGUUCCCAGUGGAAACGGGCCUUUAGUGGAGGCAUCAUGAACUGUAGGGGUAAUGAUGUAGAAACUUUGUUAUUCCCUUAUUAACGAUAACCUCAGCAAUAAAGAUGCUGUGCAAAGCGUCCAUUUUAUUUGUGAGAGGUGUGUGUGAACGAGGCCUUAGUCAAGAGGGGAGGAAGGCCCUUCAUAAACGUCAAUCGUUAAAAUAAAGGUUUACUGUAGAUCUGCCACUGAGGUAAUAUUUGUUGUGUUAACUGAACUCUAAUACAGUUCACAAUCAAGAAGGUUAUAAAAUAUAUCCAUAUCAGAGUAGUGCAAACGUACAUGCUAAUUUAACACUGAUUAAUGUGCAGUGUAGAGAAGCUGUGCUUUUAGGGUCCUGAAGGUAGGAGGUUGGGCUUCUUAUGGGACUGAUGUGUUAAUAAACCUUAACAGCUGUGCUCGGGAAACAGCUGCCCUGCUUUAUUCAGGGGGCGCCUUACUGCACUGCUGUUAGUGGGUUAUUUUUAAUUCAUUACUCAUUGGUACUCAUAAAAGAAAAACAGGUGGCGUCGUUAGCAUAAAGAGCACCCGCAAGGUUUGAUUUUUUUUUUUUUAAACUCUUGCUCUCUUGUGGUGGAUUGGAUUUUUAAGCACAGUUA